AUGCAAGAGCAUUAUACUAAAGGAGAAAGUCAUUCUAUAUUACAUGAAGAGAUUUCUAUAAAUGAAAAAAUGCCUCUGUUUAGUAAAUCACACAAAAAUCCAGCAGAAAUCGUGAAAAUUCUGAGAGACAACUUGGCCAUUUUGGAAAAGCAAGACAAAAAGACAGAUAAGGCUUCAGAAGAAGUGUCGAAAUCACUGCAAGCAAUGAAAGAAAUUCUGUGUGGGACAAGUGACAAGGAGCCCCCAAUGGAAGCCGUGGCCCAGCUCUCACAGGAGCUCUACAACACCGGGCUGCUGGUGACGCUCAUAGCCGACCUACAGCUGAUAGACUUUGAGGGAAAAAAGGAUGUGACCCAGAUAUUUAACAACAUCCUGAGAAGACAGAUAGGCACUCGGAUUCCUACCGUGGAGUACAUUAGUGCUCAUCCUCACAUCCUGUUUAUGCUCCUCAAAGGCUAUGAAGUCCCACAGAUCGCCUUACGUUGUGGUAUUAUGCUGAGAGAAUGUAUUCGACAUGAACCACUUGCCAAAAUCAUCCUCUUUUCUAAUCAAUUCCAAGAUUUCUUUAAGUAUGUCGAACUGUCAACAUUUGAUAUUGCUUCAGAUGCCUUUGCUACCUUUAAGGAUUUACUGACCAGACAUAAAGUGUUGGUAGCAGACUUCUUAGAACAAAAUUAUGACACUAUUUUUGAAGACUAUGAGAAACUGCUUCAGUCUGAGAAUUAUGUGACUAAGAGACAAUCUUUGAAGCUGCUAGGUGAACUGAUCUUGGACCGGCACAACUUUGCCAUCAUGACCAAGUACAUCAGCAAGCCAGAGAACCUCAAACUGGCGAUGAACCUCCUCCGGGAUAAAAGCCCCAACAUCCAGUUUGAAGCCUUUCACGUCUUUAAGGUGUUUGUGGCCAGUCCUCACAAAACACAGCCUAUUGUGGAGAUUCUUCUGAAAAACCAACCCAAGCUCAUCGAGUUUCUGAGCAACUUCCAAAAAGAAAGGACCGACGAUGAGCAGUUCACCGAUGAGAAGAACUACCUGAUUAAACAGAUUCGUGACUUGAAGAAAGUGGCCCCUUGA